AGUCUAACGUGAUUAGAAAUCAGCCCAACUCUGGCUUCUCUUGAGCUAAACUCCCCCACAGGCUGAAUUAUAGCUCUCCUACCAGUCCCACGGCACUGAAUGAUGUCAUGGGAUCUGCAGCUCAGCGAGAUGAAAGGGAUAAAGCAGGACCCGCUGGCACUAGGAAAAGCUUCCAACACGCAGUCCACAACACAGCUUGGGAACCAAAAAAGCUACAGAUCCAGCCACUCAGCCCAAGCAUGGGAGAACUACCAGCAUUGCUUCAUUGCAAAACAGGGGAGGAAAACAACGUGAUCCAGGUUUAACAAAAGAAAGUGUGGACUAGGAGACGGGAGGGUGACUACCUGCUGAAAGUGAACUUUCUUGAUAUCCGUGCAUAUAUUUAAACUCAGCCCUGCCUUUGAUGUUCAGCAACUGAUCACUGAUCAGAUUACAGGCAUUUCAUCUCCAAGCUCAAUUUUAUUUUCCUGGAUUUGAACUUUCGUCUGGGCUUGUGCUGACAUACAUUUUUGGGAAGGUAGAAGCAUUUGGCACAGAAGUGCUGCCAGGAGGAACUAAGUUGCCGAACGGAACGCUUCAACAAUAAAUACAUUUGAUAAAGAAGGAUGGCUUUAAAAGUACUUCUAGAACAAGAGAAAUUGUCGUUCACUCUUGUAGUGUUACUAGGCUAUUUGUUGUGUAAAGUGACUUGUGAAACAGGAGACUGUAGACAACAAGAAUUCAGGGAUCGGUCUGGAAAUUGUGUUCCCUGCAGCCAGUGUGGGCCGGGCAUGGAGUUGUCUAAGGAAUGUGGCUUCGGCUAUGGGGAGGAUGCACAGUGUGUGACGUGCCGGCUGCACAGGUUCAAGGAGGACUGGGGCUUCCAGAAAUGCAAGCCGUGUCUGGACUGCGCACUGGUGAACCGCUUUCAGAAGGCAAAUUGUUCAGUCACCAGUGAUGCCAUCUGUGGGGACUGCUUGCCAGGAUUUUAUAGGAAGACAAAACUUGUUGGCUUUCAAGACAUGGAGUGUGUGCCUUGUGGAGACCCUCCCCCUCCUUACGAACCACACUGUGCCAGCAAGGUCAACCUGGUGAAGAUCGCAUCCACGGCCUCCAGCCCACGGGACACGGCACUGGCUGCUGUCAUUUGCAGUGCUCUGGCCACCGUCCUACUGGCCCUGCUCAUCCUCUGUGUCAUCUAUUGUAAGAGACAGUUUAUGGAGAAGAAACCCAGCUGGUCUCUGCGAUCGCAGGACAUUCAGUACAACGGUUCUGAGCUGUCGUGUUUUGACAGACCUCAGCUCCACGAAUACGCCCACAGAGCGUGCUGCCAGUGCCACCAGAACUCAGCACAGACCUGCGGGCCGGUGCGCUUGUUCCCAUCCUUGUGCUGCGAUGAGGCCUGCAGCCCCGACCGGGCGACUCUCAGCUGUGGGGUGCAUUCUGCGGCCAGCCUUCAGGCGAGAAACGCAAGCCCAGCUGGGGAGAUGGUGCCGACUUUCUUCGGGUCCCUGUCACGGUCCACCUGUGGCGAGUUUUCAGACGCCUGGCCUCUGAUGCAGAAUCCUGUGGGUGGUGACAACAUCUCUUUUUGUGAUUCUUAUCCUGAACUCACUGGAGAAGACAUUCAUUCUCUCAAUCCAGAAAAUGAAAGCUCAACGUCUUUGGAUUCAAACCAUAGUCAAGAUUUGGUUGGUGGGGCUGUUCCAAUCCAAGCUCAUUCUGAAAACUUUGCAGCAGCUACUGAUUUAUCAAGAUGUAACAACACACUGGCAGAGCCAGCAUCAACUCUGGAUGCGCUAGCUACGAGACGCCAGCUAGAUCAAGAGAGUGGUGCUGCCAUCCACCCAGCCACUCAGACACCCCUGCAGGUCAGUGCCCUUUGUGAUGAGGACAUGCCUAAUGGCUACACUUUGCUGAGGAUAUUUUCCCCAUGAGGAUGGAAGCUUAAAGGGCCUGCUUCUUUCUGCAGUUGAAGUGUGUGCUGGCACCCAAAGAGUACUCCUUUGUUAGGCUUAUGGACUGAGCAGUCUGGGCCUUGCAUGGCUUCUGGGAAAAAAUAAAUCUGAACCAAACUGAUGGCGUUUUAAGCCUUUUAGCCAGUUGCUUCUGAGCCAGACCAGCUGUAAGCUGAAACCUCAACGAAUAACAAGAAAAGGCUGUGGGCCAACUUAUGAUAUUCUGCAUGUUUCCUACAUAAGAAGCUUCUCUGCCACAAAGUGACUUCAAAGACGGAUGGGUUGAGUUGGCAGCCUACGAGACUGGGGACAUAUAACAAGAAACAGAAAUGCCUUCAUGCUUAUUUUCAUGGUGAAUAUGUUUUUACAAGACUGAAGACUCAGAGUAUACUUUUUCUUUCCAGAAAUAUUUUCAUAUCGCCUAUGAAAUGUCAGAUAAAUUACCUUAGCUUUUAUGUA